AUAUGUACCUCGCUCGCUAACUGUUCUUCCUCGGGAUUACUUCUUUAAUUUCUUGGUUUACAGAAGCAUUGCCUGGUGAUCCCCCGUGGCGAGACCGACUCCUUGGCUUAAUCAAGAACAGGCCAUCAUCUCCCUCACCAUAUACUAUCGCGUCUCAGCAGCAACCAUGGAUGAAGAAAACGAAACGAAGAGCAUCACAAUAGAACUGAAAGUAUACAUGCACUGCGACGCCUGCGAAAGAAAAGUGCGGCGAACCAUCAACAAAGUCGAAGGCGUGGAGACAGUCGAGGUCGACAGGGAAGAGAACAAGGUUACGGUGACGGGCGAUUUCGAGCCGGAGAAGGUGGUGAAGAAGAUCAAGAAGAAAACCGGGAAGAAAGCGGAGAUCUUGAUCCCCGACGAAGAUGAGGAGGAAGAAGGCGUGGGACAAGAACCUUAUUAUGUCCCCUGCCAGGAUCCAGUGCUGUACCCUGAUGCAGAUGUGCCCGAUGAGUUUCGGAGCUAUAGGCCAGAAAGGUGGGACUUCCAUUACUUUGAUGACGAAAACGCACAGGCGUGCAUGGUAAUGUAGCAACAUUUGUAUAAGUGUUCAUAUAAUGUAAAAUUGGAUAGACAUCCAAAAUGGCCUAUUAGCUCAGUUGGUUAGAGCGUCGUGCUAAUAACGCGAAGGUCGCAGGUUCGAGACCUGCAUGGGCCACUUAAUUUUUUUUAGCUUUAGAUUUUUUUUUCUCCAGAAUUCAGACGUAGCUUUCUUAUCUUGCUACAAGAUCUGACAAUAAUUUGUGCUU